AUGGAUAGAUCCCCAAUUUUGUCUGGAGGAGGUUACAAUAAGGUGGUCAGCACAAGAUAUGCUGGCAGUGUCUAUGGUGGUGCUGGAGGAUAUGGCACCAAAAUUUCAACAGCUCCAGGUUUUGGCUUAGGUGGCUACAACAGCAGCCUCCAGAUCACCACUAAUAGCGAUGUCCUGCUUGCUGGAAAUGAGAAGGAGACAAUGCAGAAUCUGAAUGACCGCCUGGCAACCUACCUGGAUAAAGUACGAUCCUUGGAGAAGGCCAACUCUGAGAUUGAAGUACGCAUCAAGGAAUGGCAUGGCAAGAAUUCCGGUUUUGUGGAACGCGACUACAAAAACUACUACCAAACAAUUGAGGGCCUGAAAAAUCAGAUUCUUAAUGCCACAAUGGACAAUUGCAGAGUCCUGCUGCAGAUUGACAAUGCUAAAUUAGCUGCAGAUGACUUCAGACUCAAGUUUGAAACUGAACAAGUUUUGAGGUUUGGUGUAGAAAAAGACAUUGCCGGUCUUCGGAAAGUGAUUGAUGAUCUUAGCCUGACUCGAGCUGAACUUGAGCUGCAGAUUGAGACUUUGCAAGAGGAAAUGGUCUACCUGAAGAAGAACCAUGAAGAGGACGUACAAGUUCUCCGCAGCCAAGUUGGUGGAACAGUCAAUGUGGAGGUGGAUGCAGCACCUUCUGUAGAUCUGUCCAAGGUAUUGAAUGAAAUGAGACUCCAGUGCGAGACAGUGUGUGACAAAAUACGCCAAGAUGCAAAGGAUCAGUUUGAAACCAAGAUAGAAGUGGUAAACAGGGAGAUUGUAACCCAUACAAGUGAAUUGGAAGAAUCCAAGACGCGUAUCACAGAGUUUCAUCGCAGCGUACAAGGCCUGGAGAUAGAGCUGCAAGCAGAACAGAGCAAGAGGGAUGCUUUAAGUUCCAUCUUAGAUAAUAUAAACGCCCAAUAUGCUACACGUUUGGCCCAGAUACAAGGAUCUAUUGGCAAUAUAGAAGCUCAACUAGUGCAGAUACGAUCAGACAUGGGACGUCAGGUUCAAGAGUACGAGUUCCUUCUGAAUGUCAAGAUUCGGCUAGAAAUGGAAAUCGCAACUUACCGCCGCCUGCUGGAAGGGGAGGAGACAAGUCUCUAG